CCAGCGGGGGGGUCUCCCUGGGGGGAGCCGUGACCAUCCGGUGUCGGGGGCAGCGCCGGGACAUGCGGUUCGUGCUGAAUAAAGAGGGACGUCAUUUCCCACCUGUGGAUUCGGACGGGUUUGAGGCCGAGUUUUCCAGUAGCAACGUUCACCGGGAUCUUGGCGGGAGCUACAGCUGCUCCUAUCACAGCAGAUCGGAGCCGUUUGCCGUGUCGUACCCCAGCGACCCCGUGGAGCUGGUGGUGAGAGAUCCCAGCUUACCCAGACCCUCCAUCUCCCUGAGCCCCACUGGGGUCACCGCUCCAGGGGCAGACGCCACCAUCCGGUGUCAGGGGCAGCGCCAGGACGUGAGGUUCUUCCUGCACAAGGCUGGAGACCUGAACCCGCAGCGACACAUGGACCCUGCUGGGGCCGGGGCCGAGUUCCGCAUCCCCAGCGUGGGCCGGCAGCACAGAGGGAACUACAGCUGCAGCUACCGGCUCCAAACUGAGCCCUUCGUUUCGUCAUACGCCAGCAACUCUGUGGAGCUGGUGGUAGCAGGGGGAACCGACCCGACCCAGCCUGGAGCGGUGCCGGCUCCCACCCGCCCGAGUACAGCAGCCCCUUCAGGGCACCCGGAUUUCACCCAUGGCAACAUCGCCCGCCUGGGGCUGGGCGCCGCGGUCCUGCUCGUCCUGGGGCUGAUCCUGGCCAAGGCCUGUUACAGCCGCCCGAGGGGGGCGCCCUAACUGAGGUGACCCCUUUGUCGCUCGCCUCUGGAUCCUUUUUCCAGUUUCUCCACCUCCUUUCUAUGGAGCGGGGACCAGAACUGGACACAGCGUUCCCGGCCUGCCCAGCGCCGAGCAGAGCGGUUCUCACUGCCCGGGACGUGCGCGCUGCACCUCUGGUAGUGCAGCCCAAUGUUGCAUUUGCUUUUGUCUUGCACCGGCAUCGCGUUGCUGACUCACGUCGAGGGUGCGAUGAUCCACCACAGCUCCCCGCUCCGUCCCAGCAGUGCUGCUGCCAACCCAGCUACCCCCAUCCUGCGUUUGUGCAUUUGGUUUUUCUUCCCUAAGUGCAGCACCU